AUGAGAAGCAUUUCCAUAUGCUUCCUUCUGCUCGUUUGCGUGGCUACGCCGCGCGCAAAUGCGUCACAAGAGGCUCGUCUGAGAGAAUUCAUCCGAUCGAGAAGGAGCAGCAGUGCCUCCAGUGCAAAUGCGCCGGCCUUCAGGAUCACCAGAAGCCUCCGAGCAGAGUACUCUGUUACUGACCAGAGCGCUCUGAGGGAGGCCGACAAGAUCACGGCGCUCCCCGGCCAGCCUAAGGGCGGCGCCGGCUUCAACCAGUACAGCGGGUACGUGAGCGUCGACGAGAAGAACGGCCGUGCGCUCUUCUACUACUUCGUCGAAGCGACGAGCGAUGCAGCGACAAAGCCGCUACUCCUGUGGCUUAACGGAGGUCCUGGAUGCUCAUCGCUCGGCUAUGGAGCAAUGAUAGAACUCGGCCCAUUCCGCAUAAACAGUGACAACAAAACGCUGAGCAGAAAUGAGAACGCCUGGAACAACGAGGCCAACGUGCUCUUCCUGGAGUCACCUGCUGGUGUUGGGUUCUCCUACUCCAACACAUCUUCUGACUACAGUAAGAGCGGUGACCAAAGGACAGCAGACGACGCGUUCGUCUUCCUGACCAAUUGGAUCGAGAGGUUCCCUGAGUACAAAGGGCGUGCUUUUUACAUCUCCGGGGAGAGCUACGCCGGACACUAUGUUCCGCAGCUCGCAACGGCUAUCCUUAGUUACAAUAUGAAUAGUAAAAGUAACAUCAUAAAUCUACGGGCUAUAUUGGUUGGCAAUGCAUAUCUUGACGAUAAUAAGAACACAAAGGGGCAAAUCGACUACUUGUGGAGCCAUGGAGUGAUAUCAGAUGAGGUGUGGGCCAACAUUACCAGGACCUGCAAAUUCAGUCCUUCGGAUGGUAUCACAUGCUCUGAUGCUAUGGCUGCAUAUGAUUCUGGAAACAUUAGUGGGUACAAUAUAUACGCUCCUGUUUGCAUUGACGAACCCAAUGGAAACUACUACCCCAGCAGCUAUGUUCGGGGAAUUGAUCCAUGCAGCAACUACUAUAUCCACUCUUACCUGAACAAUCCCAUGGUGCAAAAGGCUUUCCAUGCUAGAACGACAAAGUGGUCAGGCUGCACAGAUUUGCACUGGAAAGAUGCUCCAGUGUCCAUGAUGCCGACCAUAAAAUGGCUUCUGGAACAGGGGCUGCCGGUUUGGCUAUACAGUGGCGACUUUGAUGCCAUCUGCCCGCUCACUGCGACAAGGUACUCCAUCAUUGAUCUCGAGCUCUCGGUCAUGGAGCCAUGGCGCCCCUGGACUGCAAACAAAGAGGUUGGAGGCUAUGUUCAGCAGUACACGGGAGGUCUUGUGCUUGUUUCAGUGAGGGGAGCUGGCCAUCAAGUUCCUUAUUUCCAGCCAGAGAGAUCGCUAGUGCUGGUCAGCUCCUUCUUAAAAGGAAAGCUACCGCCUUAUCGAACUGUAAAUCUCGGAGAGAUCGACACACAUUUCACAGUAAAGAUGAGGAACACCGCUUCCCUGAUCUACUUGCUGCUCCUUAUCUGCGCCGCUGCAUUGCACGCAGAUGCGUCCCAAGAGGCUCAACUGAGAGAGUUCAUCAGGUCUAGGAGGACCAAUCGUAGCGAUAAGGGCAUGUUUAAGGUGAGUAACAUUGGUCAGAGGGUUGGCGGCAGCCUGCAGAGAACAAGCUACUCUGGCGGCCCGGACCAGAGCACCCUGAAGGCGGCUGACAAGAUCAUGUUGCUGCCGGGGCAACCAGACGGCGUCGACUUCGACCAGUACGGUGGGUACAUCACCGUCGACGAGAAGAACGGCCGCGCGCUCUUCUACUACUUCGUGGAGGCGCUGCAGGAUGCCUCGACAAAGCCGCUGCUCCUGUGGCUUAAUGGAGGGCCAGGAUGCUCCUCGCUUGGCUACGGAGCAAUGCAAGAACUGGGCCCAUUCCGUGUAAACAGCGACAACAAAACGCUGAGCAGGAACAUGUAUGCUUGGAAUAACGUGGCUAAUGUGAUCUUCUUGGAAUCACCGGCGGGAGUUGGAUUUUCUUACUCCAACACCUCUUCGGACUAUGACAUCAGUGGAGAUCAGAGGACAGCUGAUGAUGCCUACGUGUUUCUGAUUAAUUGGUUGGAGCGUUUCCCUGAGUACAAAAGCCGCCCAAUCUACAUCUCCGGGGAGAGCUUCGCCGGACACUACGUGCCCGAGCUUGCUGCCACCAUUCUAGUCCAGAAUUCGUACAAUAGCAAGACAGCCAUAAACCUACGGGGCAUCUUGGUUGGAAAUCCUCUUCUGGACUGGAAUAUGAACUUCAAGGGUCAGGUUGACUACUUCUGGAGCCACGGAUCAAUGUCAGACGAGGUCUUUGCCAACAUAACUAGGCACUGUCAUUUUGACAACUCAGACGGCCUGGUGUGCGAUGGCGCUAUAGAUGCUUUCGAUCCUGGACAAAUUGACCCUUACAACAUAUAUGCUCCAAUCUGUGUUGAUGCGGCCAACGGAGCAUACUAUCCUAGUGGCUACUUACCUGGGUAUGAUCCCUGCAGCGAUUAUUACACCUACGCCUACCUCAAUGAUCCAGCAGUGCAGAAUGCUUUUCACGCUAGAAUGACAGAGUGGUCAGGAUGCACAAACUUGCACUGGAAAGAUGCACCAAUUUCCAUGGUGCCAACGAUCUCGUGGCUAAUUGAGAUGAAGCUGCCUGUCUGGAUUUUUAGUGGUGAUUUUGAUUCCGUGUGCCCACUCCCCGCUACGAGGUAUUCCAUCCAUGACCUUAACCUGCAUGUCACAACUCCAUGGCGGCCGUGGACAGUAAACAUGGAGGUAGGAGGAUAUGUUCAACAGUACAAGGGAGGAUUCACAUUUGCUUCCGUCAGAGGAGCUGGUCAUAUGGUUCCGUCCUCCCAACCUGAGAGAGGAUUAACAUUGCUAGACUCCUUUCUCAAAGGGAUGCUCCCACCCUACGUUCCGGAGCAGUGA